AGAUCUAUUCGAUGAAACGACUGUUCAAUUGCUAGCCGAACGAUUUUCAUAUCUUUUGGAUCAACUCUUCGAACCGAAUCAAACGUUGGCCAAGCAACCAUCACUUCAUCAAUUAUCUAUUAUUCUUCCUCAAGAACAUGCACUAAUUCAUACACUAAAAACCAAUGAUAUCAAUCGAUCAUCAGCUAUAUUUAAUACAGUUCCACAAUCAUUUAGUCAAGUGGCAUUUUCUCAUUUACAAAAAGUAUCUGUUGAACUUGAUGAACAAGCAUUGACAUAUGGUGAGCUUCUCUUCUAUGUCCAACAAUUUGCUCUUCUUCUUAUCAAUGUACAUGGUGUCAAAGAAGGUGAUGUUGUUUGUCAAUGUGUCGAACGAAGUUUGUCAAUGGCGAUUGGAAUCAUGUCGAUUCAAAUGACUGGUGCUUCCUAUUGUCCUUUAUCACCACGUGAUCCAUCACAACGUCUCUACAGUCUAAUAGAAGAGACUCACAGUCAUAUUAUUCUAGUUCAUCAAUUGACUCGAAAUACAUUUCAAUUCAAUAUUCCUAUGAUUGAUAUUGAUGCAGCGAUCAACACAGAGAAGAUGCUGAAUGAUAUUGAUCUGAGUCAUCUGACUGAUGUUACUAUUAAUCGUGAUAGUAUAGCUUAUGUUCUUUUUACUAGUGGUUCGACAGGCACACCGAAAGCAGCGCAACUUCGUCAUCGAAAUUUCAUUGAAGCAAUUCGAUCCAUCAAUGAAGUUGGUAUAUUUACUGAAAAAGAUACUGUUGUUCAAAUGGCUCGAUGUUCAUUCGAUGCUCAUGUCGAAGAUAUUGUAGGAACAUUGAUUGUUGGUGGUACAUUAGUGAUGCUUCGUCCUCAUGGACAUAUGGAUUUUGAAUAUCUGAGUCAAGUGCUUGUUAAUCAUCAAAUAUCAUAUAUGCAUAGUGUUCCUACUCUACUCACUGCUUUUCUCACCUAUAUGAAGGAAAAUAGCAGUGUUGAUGCAUUGAAAACACUACGAUCACUUUGUUCUGGUGGUGAGUAUUUUUGA